UAGUGGUGCAUUUCUUUCCAGUGGUUCUCAAGCAACACAUACAGAAAUCUUGCUUAAAGAAGGAUAAGGAUAGACCACAAUGUUUAAAAUGGGACCUUCCUGUAUCAUACUGUUGAUUAGUGUGCUGUAUGUUAUUGUAAAUGUAGAUUGCUAUCCAUGGUUUAGAGACAAUAUACCAAAUGGAGACUUUGUCCCUUGUAAUUGUUCAAAACUUUCUGAAAUGGCCUGGGAAGCUGUUGGACAUUUUAGUUUAUUUGACGGUACAGCCAAUAAAAAUCCGUUUGGAAUUGAUUUCCGAAAAAAUGGAAUGAAAUGGACACAAAGUUUGUGCAAAGGGGAUUCCGACGGAGAUGGGUUAUCAAAUGGAGAGGAACUAGGAGAUCCAAACUGUACCUGGAUAGAAGGACAAACACCUGAUUAUGACGCUAUAGGACAUCCAGGUAUUUGUGAACCAAUAGGAAGUAAGUUCUGCAAAGACUUAGGACAGUUGUUUACAUGUGACUGUUUGGAAGAGGGUCAAGUCUGUCCCAUUAACUUGGAUGAAAGAAAUUGAGUUGAAAAUAUGUGCUGAACGGAGACUUUUGCUGUCAGUGACGGAUAUAAGAUUUUCUUUUGCUUUUUUUUCUAUUGGGAGUUUCAACUGUUUGUAACUGGACCAUUGAAACACAAUUAAGAAACGUUGUGACAAAAGUGUACAUUUAUCACGCUUCAGAUCGGAAAACAAAUUAUUUGCAUGUAAACAAUUUAUUUGCAUACGAAAGCUUAUUAAUGCAAGUCGCCUAUCAUACGUCUAGCAAAAAGGACGAUGUUCUACGAAUGGUUGUGAUUGCUUACAUUUAGAUAAUAUCAAAAUAUUUAAAGUCAUUUUAACCAUUUCAUCGAUAAGGAUUGUUUUUAAUUUUCAAAAAGCCUGUCAUGAAUUAAAUUUUUUUUGUAAGUGAACUAUUUUGUAUCUUUGCUUUCAAACCUUUCGGAAGACAUAUAAAAAGGAAUUAAUUAUACCCAUCCACACUUUAGGUUAAAAAGUUUAUAUUCUAGGAUAGGAGAUUCAUAAAGUUUGCACGAAAUUUGCAUUUUGAAUACUCAUAUAUUUUUGUACACAUACAUGUUUGUGUAACUUUCUGUGAUGACUUAUGUUAUGUUUUAUAAAUGUAUAUAUUAUGUUAAUUUCAUUAAAUGUCAACAAUUUCAAAUGAUAAUAAAAAUUUGAUCAUG